GGGUGUCAGAUUGAAUGGCCUGUGCGCAUGUGCGAAGGUGUCCAAACUGACAAUGCUUGUGAGAUGAAGAUAGUGUUGUUGCUGCUUCUGGGCUCAAGGAGGACGAGAGGAAUCUACAAGCCGACACCAUGAGAUCCAAGGCAAGGGCGAGAAAACUGGCCAAAAAUGACAGCGAGGCAGCCGAUAACAUGUAUGAGACAGACCCCAACCUUCCGGCGGGAGAGAGCGCCGAAGAGGAGACGGAAGACAGCAUCAUGUCCCCCAUCCCCGUCGGGCCCCCCUCCCCUCUCCCCAACAACCAAGACUUCACCCCUAAAGAGGGCUCGCCCUACGAAGUCCCCGUCUACAUUCCAGACGACAUUCCCAUCCCCAGCGACCUGGAGCUCCGGGAGUCGUCCAUCCCGGGGGCGGGCCUCGGGAUAUGGGCCAAAGCCAAGAUCAGGCUCGGGGAAAGGUUUGGACCUUACAGUGGAAUGCAGAGCGCCGCCGUCAAAGAGACCACUUUCGGAUGGGAGCAAAUGCUUAAUGACCAUGAAGUAAACACCCAGGACAGCUGCAUCAAAAAGGUCUUGGAUAACAUGGGCAAUGUGAAGUUCUGCAUGGACUCCAGCCUGGAAGGCAGUGGGAGCUGGCUGAAAUACGUGCGCACCGCCCCUUCCUUUGAGGAACAGAACCUGGCAGUGUGUCACCUGACCGGGGAUCAGAUUUAUUAUAAAGCUAUUAGGGAUAUUGAAGUGGGGGAGGAGCUUCUGGUGUAUAUGAAGGACGGAGUUUUCCCGGAGGGAUCCAUGGCACCGAACCUCGAAGACGAGCAGAUGUACCGCUGCGAGGACUGCGACGAGCUCUUCUCCUCCAAGCUGGACCUGCGGCGGCACCAGAAGUACUCUUGCAGCAGCGCCGGCUCCCUGUUCGACACGCUGGGCGAGGACUUCAAGCAGGAGCGCGAUGAUGCGGAGGAGCCCGUGCACGAGUGCAAGGAUUGCGAGAAGAUCUUCCCCAACGAGUACAGCCUCGGCCAGCACAUGAUUGUCCACACAGAGGAGCGUGAAUAUAAGUGUGACCAAUGCCCCAAAGCCUUCAACUGGAAAUCCAACCUCAUUCGUCAUCAGAUGUCACAUGACAGCGGCAAGCGGUUCGAGUGCGAAAACUGUGAUAAGGUCUUCACAGACCCCAGUAAUCUGCAGCGCCACAUCCGCUCGCAGCAUGUGGGUGCCCGCGCCCACACUUGCCCAGAAUGUGGCAAGACCUUCGCCACCUCCUCUGGUCUCAAGCAGCACAAGCACAUUCACAGCAGUGUCAAACCUUUCAUCUGUAAGUCCGAGCCGCCUUGUCUAAGCCUCAGAUAUAAUUACGAGUGUCCAAAGGCCUCCCGUCUAACUCCAUCCCAACCCAGUGACAGCUGUAAUUUUAUAGGUGAGGUGUGUCACAAGUCCUACACCCAGUUCUCCAACCUCUGCCGCCAUAAGCGGAUGCACGCAGACUGUCGCACCCAGAUCAAGUGCAAGGACUGCGGACAAAUGUUCAGCACUACCUCCUCCCUCAACAAGCACCGGCGCUUCUGUGAGGGCAAAAACCAUUACACCCCUGGGGGCAUGUUCACGCCAGGCAUACCUAUGACCUCCAGCCCCAUCAUGGGCAAGUCUAAAUCCCACCAGGGCCUCAACCACACCGGCCUGGGGUUCAACGAUUACUUCCCCUCCCGCCCCCACCAUGCCGGGCUGCCCUUCUCCCCCACCCCCCCAGCCUUCCCCACGCUCCCUCAUGGCUUCCCGGGCAUUUUCCCCCCCUCGCUGUACCCACGGCCCCCACUGUUACCUCCGAGCCCCUUGCUAAAGAGUCCCCUGAACAACAGCCAGGACGGGAAGCUUCCCAGAGGGCCCCUGGAGUCCUCCGGUCUCUCCAUGGUCUCCAUGAACAACAACGGAAGCGCCAGCCACAAUAGCCAGCUGGAGGAUAAGGUGGACUCCAAGCUGGACGGGUCCUACCCGGACGGCAAGUCCAAGGUGAAGAUGAGCGACCUGUCGGACGGCAGCGACCUGGAGGACGUGAACACCACCAGCGGGACGGACCUGGACACCACCACGGGGACGGUGUCGGGCUCCGACCUGGACAGCGAUGCAGAGAGCGACCGCGACAAGAGCCGAAGGAAGAUGGCACCGGAGCCCAAGCAGGACGACGUCAGCAGCUCCUCGGUCUCCAUCUCCAGCUCGGGAAACCUGCCCUGCGAUAGGCCCUUCCUGUCCUCCCAGCAUUCCUUCUUCCCUCCGCCUGACGAGCAGGCUCUGCCGGCCACCGGGGCCGCCACUGACUCUAUUAAGGCCAUAGCCUCCAUAGCGGAGAAGUACUUCGGUCCCGGGUUCAUGGGCCUGCAGGAGAAGAAAAUGGGCUCCUUGCCUUACCAUUCCAUGUUCCCCUUCCAGUUCCUGCCCAACUUCCCACAUUCCUUGUACCCCUUCGCCGACCGCGCCCUGAACCCCGGCAUGUUCUUCAAAGCCGAGCCCAAGUCUCCCCGGGAGCACCUGCAGAAGAUGGGGGUCCCGGGGGGCGAGUCCCCCUUCGACCUCACCACUAAGCCCAAGGAGGCCAAGCAGGCUCCGCCCCCCAGCAAGCUGGUCCCACCCACCAGCACACCCCUCCUGUCGGGGGAGGAGCAGCCCCUGGACCUCAGCAUCGGCAGCCGGAGCCGUGCCAGCCACAACGGCGGCGUCCCCGAGCAGCGCAAGAACCACGUGUACGGGAGCGCCAAGGGCAUGCCCAAGGACGAUACCCCCGGCCUGCCCCAGCCCCAGGCCCUACACCAGCCCCAACUGCCCCAGCACCAACAGUCCCUCCCCCAGCCUCCCCAGCCCCAGCAGCAACCCUCCCUGCAUUACGCCAAGCCCUCCCCCUUCUUCAUGGACCCAAUCUACAGCAGGGUGGAGAAGAGGAAGCUGAUUGACCCUGUAGGAGCGCUGAAAGAGAAGUACCUGAGGCCCUCCCCGCUGCUCUUCCACCCACAGAUGUCCGCCAUCGAGAACAUGACGGAGAAGCUGGAGAGCUUCGGCGCUUUGAAACUGGACGCCCCGAGCUCCCUGCAGCACACCUCCCAUCACCUCUUCAACUUCCGCUCCCCGCCCCCCUCGCUCUCCGAGGCCAUCCUGCGCAAAGGCAAGGAGCGCUACACCUGCAGGUACUGUGGGAAAAUCUUUCCCAGGUCAGCUAAUCUUACCAGGCACUUACGAACACACACAGGGGAACAGCCCUACAGAUGUAAAUACUGUGACCGGUCCUUCAGCAUCUCCUCGAACCUCCAGCGGCACGUGCGCAACAUCCACAACAAGGAGAAGCCCUUCAAGUGUCACCUGUGCAAUCGCUGCUUCGGCCAGCAGACCAACCUGGACCGACACCUGAAGAAGCACGAGCACGAGAACAUCCCAGUGAGUCAGCAUUCUGGGAUCCUUUCAAACCUGGGAACAAAUAUCUCCUCCCCCAACUCGGAGACGGACAAUCAUGCACUUUUAGACGAGAAGGAGGACUCCUACUUCUCUGAAAUCCGGAAUUUCAUUUCUAACAGCGAAAUGAACCAGGCGUCCAGCUCCACAGAUAAAAGGCCGGACCUCCAGGACGAGGACCGCCCGCAGAGCCACGCCCUGCCCAACUCCAAGCAGAGCAGCCGGGAGGUGGAGGAGGAGGACGAGGAGGGGGAGGGGGAUGAGGAGGACGAGGACGGGAGUCUGACGGAGAAGUCGCAGGACGAGGCGGCGUCCCCGGCCGCCAUGCCGCAGGGCUCCUACGACGACGACGAGGAGCCCGCCUCGCUCUCCAUGGGCUACGAGCACACCCGGAGGUGUAUUGAGGAGGAGGAUGCUGGACUGUUAGACCUGGAGCCCCUCCCCAGCUUCAACAAGGGCCUGGAUCUCCAUAAGGCUGCAGAAGAGCCCUUUGACGUUAAAGACAUAUUUAGCACCUCCUUAGAGUCGGAGGCGCUGAAAGAGACGCUGUACAGGCAGGCUAAAACCCAGGCUUAUGCAAUGAUGCUGUCUCUGUCUGAAAACAAUCCUUUGCACGCAUCCUCCCAGAAUUCCCUGGAUGCUUGGCUGAACAUGGGAGGGGGCACAUCAGAGACCAGCAGCUUUCAUCCUCUCAACCACAUCUGAGACACAGAGAGAGAGAGAGAGAGGAGAGAGGAGA